AUCCUGCUGAUGUUUAAACAGACACUGCUUGAAUUUAAAAUGAAUAUCUAAAAGAAGGGUGAAACAUUAAUCUAACAAAGGUUACAAAAAAUAAGGUUUAUCUCUAGAGUGGAAAACAGGAUCAGAGUGAUGCAAUUAGCCCAGGUGCUGGAAAAGUGGCUUCUUAUUCUGCAGUAUUGAUUGGAGACGAGAGCUUUCUAUUUGGCCACCGAGCUCUCUCUCUCUCUCUCUCCCUCGCUCUGCAGUGCCUGGUACACACCCUGAUUUUUCUCCAGAAUCCUGCUGACAUCAUCUAGCAUGACACAGCUAAGUACGGUAGAGUGCACUGUCAGAGGGGAUGCUGGUGCAGCGCACUCUCAGUUGCGGCCUCACAAACACACACGCAGCCAGCAGACGUUUGCUCUCGCUUCCUUGCCCCUCCCCCAGCUCUGCUGAAGGAUCAGGUGUAGGGAUAACCAAACAACACAAGCCGGCUGCUUCGCCUAAAUGAACCCGCCGCAUUCAUUCUGAGAGCCGGUUCGACAAUGCCUGGAGACGCAGCAAAAGAUGCAGCGAGUCUACAUGAGGAAUUCCAACCGAAGCAAAGGAGCCCAGACAUUUCCCCUGAUGUUUCCUGUGGCUCUUCUCACAGCAUGCUCACCCCUAAAGGUCCAACCUCACCCCAGGCCUCCCCAACAGCUGACUCCUCGUACCUGAUGCAACUUUCUGGUGGCUCGACGUGGUACAUGGGGAUGGAACAGAGCGAGCUGCCAUCUGCUGGUCCAGCGUUGGAUUGCAGCAGUGACGUUUCCGACAGCCUUGGAGAGAAAAGCCCAACUGAUGAGGGUACCCGACCUCAGCCUGAAGGAGCUAGUUGUGACACAGACACGGAUAGCUCGUACCCUGAGUCACCUUCGGCAUCUUGCAGCAAGGAAAGUCUUUCAGAAAGUGAAAGGCAAGGUGCCCAGCACAAAGUGGACCUGGAUAAUGAAAGGGCAGAUGUGUUUGUACUCAGCACUGUUGAUGGGGCACAGCUCCUCAGUGCAGACGUUAGCUCAGGGAUAUCCAAAGUGGAUGCUCGAGAAAUAAGCAGGCAUGUAUUGGAUGGCCCGCCCACCACUACCGAGCCAGUUGUAGAGGCAAGACAAGAUAGUUCCGAGGCUAGCACAGGCAUGUCCUUGGAAGAGUCAGAGGUGAGCAGCAUUUCAGAGACAGACACUCUGUCUAGGGAGGAGCCAGAUGGGGACAUGCAACUGCUAAGUACCAAAGUAGGCAGAGAGGGAGAAAUAACUGGUUUGGAAAGGGAGGGAGAUCAGGAUCUAUCCGACUCAGAAACAGACACCUCAGUUCAGUUGCCCCUUGUUGAGGCAAAUAUCCCCAUUGUAGAAACGGAUCGCGAUUCACUUGAAACGCAAAACAAGAAACCAAUCUCUCCUGCGGAAACCGUUUCCUCGGCAGACCUUUCUUCAAACUUCGCAAACAGCAGUAAUGAGACUUCACUAACAUUCGAACAUCGGGCCAUUUCAGACACUAAGGCGGAGCUGCCUAAACCUGUUGAUCAUCUCCACUUACCGACCGAAUUGAGGGCUGAGAAUACAAAGACUGAACCUUCUCAAACUCAGGACCAAGUAACAACCAUCGGAUACACUGUUAUUCCCCUGUGUUAUUCAGGACACACCAAAGAAUUGCUUGUGUAUCCCAGUGCUGCGGACAAUGUGUGCAGUACUGAUGCUGAUCUCUUCUUCUCUGCACCAUCAAGUCCAAUAAAGACAACAUGUGGUGCCCCAAAAUACUUUUCUUACUCGAAGCUCAGCUUAAAUGAAGAGCCCAUUGAAGCCCUGGAGAGUGAGGGCAGCGAAGGCAUCUGUUCUCCUCCAACCUCACCCUCAGGAUCUUAUAGAACUGCAGAAGGAGGUAGCUGGACAUCAUCUGGCACCCCAAACACUUCACCCUCAUGCUCCCCAAACCUGCUGACAGAGGUCGAAACAAUGGAAGUAUCUGCGUGUUAUGUAGAAUCAUUAUCUGCAUUUGCAGAGGAACUCAAUGAAGACCAAUCUGACCAGGUGUUGCCUCUUGACGAUUCUCCUUAUGGUAUAAUCGAAGAAGAAACUUGGACCUCUGUGGAAGAAUCAACUGAAAGGUGCCUUACAGAAGCACAAGAUAAUCUUGCUGCUUUAGCAUUUGAUAGUGAAAAUCUUGAAACCUGUGAAGAUGAUGAUGAUGAUGCUGAUGAAGAUGGACAAGAAUGUGAACAUCUUAAAAAUCAAGAUAUUUCUAGUGCUGGGCCAAGAUUAAUUGAGGGAAAUGAUAUGAAUCGACAAUCUUACACAACAGACUGUAACUUUAAUCAGGGAUUGAGGAGCUCACAAACAAUAUUACAAAAUUCUGCAACCACUAAGCGUGGAGAAUCUGACGAAACAUCUACCACCGAGUCAGAAUAUAGUAGGGGGUACAGAUGCUCCACUCGUGGUGAGUCAAAUUAUGAAAAGACUGAAGCAGGUCUGGGAGAAAUAGCUGUAGCACCCAGUAAUGCAAAUUACCCAAAAGGGCUGUGUAUGCCAAAUGUAAGCACAGAAAUUGGUGAAAGUACAGGGCAUUAUCAGGCUGAACCUGUUCAGGAUCCACUUGAGGAAGAAAGCACAAUAUCCAUGGGAGCAUAUGACAAUGUUAGUUGUUAUGAAACAACACCUAGGAGCCUGCCUUCAGACUUUGAGAACCUAUUACAGGAAGAUGGAAAUACAAGUCAUAGUGGGGAUAGCACAAUUUGCACAAUAGGUAACAAUUUGCUUUCUACUGAGGACCAGCAUGAGUAUAGUAAACAAUAUGAAGAUUUGACUAACUAUGCUCCUCUUGCUUCUUCGGAGGAGCUUGUUGAAGAUUAUGCUGAUGCAUGCAAUGAAGAAAAAGGCAUGGAAUUAAAUACUGAACUUGAUUCAAAACUUGAAACUUCAAUCUCAUCUCAGUCCACUUUACAGUUGGAAGAGUCAUGCAGAAAGGUUUCCAAUGCUCUUCGUAAUUCUGAUUAUGACAGUUCUUUUGUAGAUGACAAUAAGCUUGAAAGCUCUGUGCCACUAACUUCUGAGCUUUGCAUUCCAAGUGAUCAACCACCCAGUAGAAAUUACAGCUCCGCACAAGUUAGCUGUUCAUCUGAAGACUCUGACCUCGCAAGCUGUUGUGAAGUGGGAACUUCAACGUUACUCCAGUCCCCCAAUGAAGCUAUUGGUGUGGGUGUUGGUAAUGAGAGAAUGGUACCUGCAACACUGCUGUCAUUUAGAGGUAGCAUUAUUUUUGAAGCAGAGUCUAUUGAAGUUACUUCACUGUCUGAGGUGUCCUCAACUGAGACAGAACUAGAAAAUAUUGAAGAUGAUGUUGGUAAUGCAAAUGAUGAUCAUGUUGAUGGUUACUAUGAUGUUGGAGAUGAAGAAGAAGACAGUUCUGUGUCAUAUCUUUACUCCCUAUCGGAGACCUCUAUCACUGCAGGAGUUGACGAGACUUUUGCAUUUCAAGAUACGACUUCAGAAUCUUCUGCUUCUGCAUCUCUUGAGGGAGAAGAUGAAAGAAUUGCUCCAGAACACUACGUCCUGUUCUCAGGAGUUACUGACGUACAGAUUGAAGGAUCAAAAGGUGAAUCUGUUGAUUCAGGAAGCGAGAGUGAGAUGGAAAUGUCAUCUUCAACCUCCUCAUCAGAUUCUAGACCAGAUGAAACCUACUGUGCCACUAGUAUGACAUGUGAAAUGGCGUCUUUGCAAACUGAGAAAUCUAAUUCAGAUGAUGGUAAGGAACCAUCUCCUGCUGAAAUAAAAACGCAAGAGACUUGGAGGAAAGAACCUGAGGGCACAGACCGUGACAGUAAAGGUGAAACACUAUUAAUUACAGAAAUCUCACAGCAGCCAGCUUCAGUAUGUGUUACAGUCUCUCAGACGUGUACCAUACAAACAGAUCCAUUAUCUGAAGAUAAAUAUGUUUCCCAGCCCUCCCCCAGUACACAAGAUUUGUCUGAGCAAAAAUCAUUGUUUGGGUUUGCAAAAGACAUUUUCCCUGAGAUGAUGCUUGAAGUUGAAGAGAAUGAGAUGUGUUCAACUGAUUCGGACAGUGAAGAUCUGUCAUCUGGAUUGUCAGCUUUUGACGAUAUGACUCAUGACUUGGAGUCAAGCGAAAGGCAGUCACCAGAGGUGGAAUUGCUCCCCAUCUUUGGUCAGGUACAAUCAGAGAGCUGUGGUGAAACAACAACAACAUUGCAGAUUACAAAAGAGCCCACACCAACAGAAGCAAGUUCAAGUUCCACUUCCCAGUUGAAAAAUACCAAUCCCACCCAGGACAUUGCUAGAGAUGAACUUGACUUUGAACUGGCUUCUAAUUUGCCUGAAGGUAUGAACAAGUUUGAUGAUUACCGCUAUCAAGUUGCCAGUGUGUGGUCUAAAGAUGGCGUGAACAAAGGGCCCAAUGUUGAAAUGCCAUUAAAUUUGCCUGUUGAUCUGCCUGAUGAUGCUGACUUGCCAAUUGUCAGCUCAAGUGAAUCAAAUUCUGAAAGCAACAACUCUGUCUAUCCUGCCCAACAGUCAUGUGAUGUUAGUCAAUAUGUCCUUGGGAAAGCUGCAGAUUCUUCUAGUGUUAAUGACAAUAUCAAUGAAGGUUUGAUGUCAGUCUUUGUGAAAGCUGACAAUCCAUGCACUUGUGAUGACCUAACUCUUGAAGACACUGAAAAAUCUUCCUUUGUCAGUUCUUUCCAAGCAGAUGCAGAAAAUGCAAACACAGUUGUGUCAUCUUCUCUCAGUGGAUCACAAAGUAUAAUUAAUCAUGGAAAAGAGCUCAGGCCACUGUCUCCUUCCAAACUAUCCUCCUUGGAGGAUAAUAUAGUCCAAGAGCCAUUUGAUUCUUCAUGCACAGAGAUGACUGAAGUUGUUACGGAAAUAUCACCUGAAGGUGGACCAACCAUUGGGUGUAAAAGCAUCAUUGCUUUGGGAUUCAGGGUUAUGCCAUUGCCUGACUAUGCAACCAAUGUUGAAAGCUUUGGUGAAAACAUUGAGUCAGCCACACAAGAAUCUCUCUCCUUAUCUGGUAUAGACCACUCCUCAACAAAUACAGGACUGAAUAACCUUUCACAUUUGGCAAGUCCUGAGCAGAUAGCUGGAGCAUCAAAAAUGAACCUGGAGGGGAAUAAUCUGGUGGAGCAGCGUAAUGAGCCUCACAACAUAGACCAGGAAGUGAUGAAUAUCGUUCCAUUAGACAGUUCAAUGAAGGAAACCUUGGAAGAUUUUGCAAGUGAGCCAAUACCUUCAUUCUUGAGGAGUUCCUCUUCAGAAACAGAAGAUUAUGACCUGAGCAGUGAGUCCGAUUUAUCUGAGCAUGUGCCCUCCGUUCAAGAUCCUGAAUUGACAAAAGCCUUGGAAAUUUAUAAUCCUACCAGUGAGACCGACCCUCCUUUACAAGAAAGUGCUCAACAGGACAUGACUUUAUUAGAAAGUACAAAAAGUAAUGCAGGUUUAUCUCAGCAGUUGGUCAGUGACACUGAGUCUAGGUACUCUGAACCAUUGUUGGAGAAACCAAAUCAAGAAUUUGGAAGUCAACAGAUUGAAGUUGGAAUAGGAGACAGUACAGCUCAUCCCAGUGCCAACCAAGAACACAUUGAAAUAGAAGCCAAAGGUGGCAGCGAUCAAUCCAACUCCUCUGAUCCUGAUUUAAGUUCAGAUCCUUUAUCAAGAAAUUUCUCCUCAUCACAAGAAUGUAUUGAUUCUGUAGCACUUCCAGAUACUGAGACUGGAAGUUAUGGUGGCCAAUUAAAGGCUACAGCCUCUAUUUCAGAAACUGACCCUCCUUCAUUAACACACUCCGACGCUCUAUCCGAAGGGGAUGAUAAUUCAAAUGAACUUCCUGGUUCUCUACUGGCAGAUACUGAUUGGAAAAUGGAAUCGUCUGAUGUGCUACAAUACAAUGAUGCUGGUAAGUUAAAAGAUUUAGAUACAAUGCAGGAAGCGAAUAAUGAUCAAGCAGAGUCUUUAGAUAGCUUACCAGAUAAUACCAAUCAAUUAGGUCUUUUAAAACCAGGGGAUAUUGUUGAUAAAAUCUUAAACCAGGUGCCAAAAGAUGAUGAUCAGUUCGAGCUCUCUAGCAGUAACUCAGAAGAUUGUUCUGUUAAUUCAAGUGUUGUAGGGACAAUGUUCAACGAAGACAAGAAAUUGGAGGUGUCAAAUGCAUUACCCGAAGAUUAUGCUCUCAAAUUAGAGAUCUUGGAUAUGCUAGUUGAAGAUUUUGGAGGACAGUUGGAAAUUGCCAACCUACAACGCGGGGAUGAUGCUGGUAAAUUAGAAAAUGCAGACAAAGUGGCAGGAAAUGAUGAUUGUCAAGCAGAAGUUCCUCCCAUAUUACCAAAAGAUGAUGUCUGUAAAUGUACAGACGAUAAAGAUGAAGUCUCCGAUAUUUCAUCAGAAGAUAAUUCUUUUCAAUCAACUAGAAAGGCAGAAGAUGUUUUAGAAGGGGAUGAUGUAGACAAAUUAGCCAUUCCAGGUAUUACCACUGAGUGUGUGGAUCCUACCAUGGCAGCUACAAAUAAGCUGCAAGGGGAUUCUGAAGAUCAGUUGAAGGUCUCCAACUGUGGACUAGGAGACAAUGCUGAUCUGUUAGGGAUUGCUUCUAAAUCAGAGGCUGAUGAUACAGUGAUAUGUGAAGACAAAAUGUUAGAUGAUUCACAAAUCUGUGAUGCUGCUGAAUACUCAGAAACACUUGUAAAAAAUUCAACUAGCUUGUCAGAGGUUUCAAGAGAUCAUAGUUCCCAGGUGGCAACGUUCGGGAACCUAUUGCAACGUGAUUCUAGUGAAGCAACAGAUCAAACCAAGCCCUCCGAUAUAUUACCUGGAUCUGAGGUUUGUAAAUCAGAAGUCUUGGACACAUUCCCAGGAGAAGAGAGGGAUUUGUUUGAUGAUGCACCUAAUAAUUUGGAGAUCAUAGAUAUUGUGUCAGAACGAAUUAAUGAUGAUGUUGUUAAUGAUUAUGAAGGUGAAGACGACAAGCUGACUGAUGGGUCACAAAGUGAUAUGGGGAUAGAGGAUAUGUCCAUAUCUCAUCAUUUUGCUGAUGAAAUAGAGUUCUCUAACAGCUCACCUGACGGUAAUGUUUAUAAACUUGAGACGGUCGAAUUGACAUUGAGGGAUAGUGCAAACAAGGCUAUAGAUGAUUUGCAAGUCACUGAUCGUAAUUCUGAUUCAAUGCUGGAAAAUGAUAUGAAUGUGGUGAACCUGGAUGAGAGUCCGAGAGAUGAUCAGAUAAGUUCCAUCAGCAUUCCACUAGGUGGCGAUGUUAGUACAUUCAAAGUUGUUGCAGAGGCAACAUCGAUAAAUAACGAUGGAAAAAUUGAACUCUCAGAUCUCCCAUUGAGAGAUGAUGGGUGUGAAUUGAAGAUUGUAAAUCCAGUAUCAGAAACAGAAGACGAUCUAGUCAUUAAUGCAGAUCUUCUGGAAUCUGUAGCAAGUAUUGAUUCCUGCCAAACUGAACUUUCUGCAAUAUCACCAGGUCCCAGCAUUGGAUCAGCAGAGGAUUUAAACUUAGAACAAAGAGAUACCAAUUCUCAAACUGAGCUCUCGAACCCAGUUUCAACAGUAGAUGGUCAUCAACAGGAAAUCUGUACAACUGCAUCAAAAUCUUACUAUAAUUUGGAGAUCUCAGUCUCUGAAAGAGAAUCAAAUUCUUCUGCCUUGACAUUGUCAGAGACUGCACAAAGAAUAACCGAUGAAUGUUUGGAGGAGGCUUCUAGAAAUUCAACAAAUGAUGUUGUGGAGUUAUUUGAACAAGAUAGUUCUGAUGAUUGCAUUGUGACCAUAGAUGCUCCUGACGAAAAUGCAACUUGUGAAACACCAGAUGGGUCAAACUUAGCCUGGGCUUCCCAUUUCAAUGAAAGGAGCCAUGAUUUAGCUGAGGAAGCAAAUUCAGAAGUGGAGGAAGUUUCUGAGGUAAUGUCAUUGUUUGGGGUUUCAGAAUUUGCACAAGAAGCUGACCUUGAUAUUCCCACUGAUGAAUCCAAUGUCUCAACAUCUGGUAUUUCCAGAUCAGAGGGUGCUGAGAUUGGUGUCCAUCCUAUCCUUCCAUCAGAGCCAGUUCAGGUAGAUUCAUCCAUCUCUUUAUGUCAAACGGCACAAGAUACCAUUCAGGAGUGCAUAGUGGUACAGGGAGAGUUGUCUAUGAAGGCACCUACAGAUUUAGAAGAUGGAAAGUUAGACCAAGGUCCACCUGAUGGUCUGAAUUCAUCUCAGUGCCAGGAUUCUGAAGGAUUGGUAACUGGCCAAUUCAAUGAUAUUUCUGGUUUAGCGGCAAAUUCAUAUUCCAGUUCCGAUGUAGAGCAAACUAUAUCUGAUGCUCCUGUGGACACCCAGAAAAGUGAACAGUUAUAUUCUAACAAAACAGACAAUAGUGCACCUGUGGAGACCCCACUGCAAGAUCAAAUACCUGUCUGCCUAGUGGGUAAUGCUGGAGAAGAAAAGGUUGACAUUUAUCACCACACUUCGCUUGAUGUGAGUGUUAACAACACUCAGGAUAAAAAUUUGGGUAAUUCACAUCAUUCCGAGCAUCUCGCCACCAUUGGUCAUUCACGGGCAGAGACACCAACAUUUGAUACAUUACUUGAUGUAUCUUGCAGACCUCCAGAUAAAUCUCCUGCAUGUCCUCAUGUUACAUUGAGUAACAUUCCUACUACAUUUUCAAUGACAGAGUUUGGUUUUGCUCCAAUGCCCAUCUGUUCGGUUUUAGACCUUCCCUCCUUAGAUAAAGCUCCUGCCACAACCUCUCCUGAGCUGGCUAACAACUGCUUUUCUGCUGUGUCAUCCUCCCCGUCAUGUAAACUGACUUUAGGACAUCAGGACCAAGAUACUUACUCAACGCAAGCUGUUACCACUGAAAAUCCACUAGCAGGCGAUAAGAGUCAUGGAGAGUUUAAGCUGUCCGAAGCAGUGGAAAUGGAUGAGAAAACAACAGCCUUGCAGAUGUCUGCACAGCUGGAACAGUGCCGCAGGAUUGACCAUCUUCACUCUGUCCAGGCUGAAGCAAGGUUCUCUGAUGUUGAGCCCGAUCGCAGGAUACAUCAUGCUUUUAGCCCGUCAGAUUCGAGUUCUUCCAGUGAGAGUGAGCUGCCGUUCCCAAUCCCACUGAGAGAUGGCAGGAGCAAGAUCUCUGCCCAGAAAGGCACUAUUAAAACAGAAUCCAGUGAUGCCCAGAUCCCAAAGAGGCAAAGGAUACAUGAGACUGUCUCUGUCUCCAAAGGGUCUUGCAAUGAAUCAGACAGUGAUGACUCAGUACCCGAACUUGAGGAGCCUGUGGUCCCUGUGCCAAUAGCUGGACAGGAACAGUCACAGUUGGCCCAAGCAGUUGGGAUUGGCGAUGAACCUGUCAGUAAAGCCAAGCAGAGCCGUAGUGAGAAGAAGGCACGAAAGGCUAUGUCCAAGUUGGGGCUGCGUCAAGUACAUGGCGUGACUAGGAUAACAAUCAGAAAGUCUAAAAACAUCCUCUUUGUUAUAACGAAACCAGACGUUUUUAAGAGCCCAGUAUCUGACAUCUACAUCGUCUUUGGAGAAGCAAAGAUUGAGGAUCUGUCCCAACAGGCUCACAAGGCAGCAGCUGAGAAGUUCAAAGUCCCUAUUGAGCAUGCCACACUGGUCCCUGAAACAACUCCCACUCUCACAAUUAAGGAGGAAAGUGAGGAAGAGGAGUUGGAUGAAACUGGACUCGAAGCGAGAGAUAUAGAGUUGGUGAUGGCCCAAGCAAAUGUCUCAAGGGGAAAAGCUGUGCGAGCACUCAGACACAACAAGAACGAUAUUGUCAAUGCUAUAAUGGAACUAACAAUGUAAACUGCAAAAAGAAGAUCUAUUUCUAUAUAUAAUCACUGGAUAUUAUCAACAUUAUAAACUAUAACCAAACUGUAAAUCAUACAAGUUUGCAUCUGUUAUAUCACUAAUAAACUCUGCUAUAGAAACCAAACUUGUGCUUGCCUGUGCUUU